AUGACAUCCCUAAUCGGUCGUCCCAAUCGAGGGCUAUUUAACGUUACUUUCAAUGACAUCGGAGAAAUCGUGAUCAUCAGCAAAUUUGUGAGACGAUUACGUGAAUUCUUUAGUAUUAUAUACGAGAGGAAUAUUUAUCAACGUGGACCUGUUGCGAGUAGCGUAGAGCUACUACGCGUUAGCGGAGAAGGUACCGAGCAAGCGACUAUUCAAUUUGAUGUAGAAAUCUCCGAAAAGGGCUGGCCGGAUGAUUGGGACAGUUUCUACGGUAAUUCAGGUGUAUUAAAAAGCGUCGAACGAAGCCUUUGCUCGGAAGUAAGUUUGCUGCAACUGAACAUUGCGUAUGCAAGAUCUUUGAAAAUACUUAAACUAGACAAGUAG